AUGAAGAAAUCUUCGGACGGUUCACGUCAACGCACGAAAGCGGGUGAUUUCGACGAAAUCUCAAAGGAGAUCCUGGUAACUGCAACAUCUAUUUUCCGGUGCCUAAUUGUCACGCAGGCGCCAUUUCCCGAUGGUGUUGCUGUUGAGAUGAGGUUAGCAAAAGAGGCCUGGCGCGACGCAUGCGAAAUCAAAGGUGCCAACGUCAAAAUAACACCUCCGCUGGUCAAAAUUCUCUUGCGGCACACAUCACAUGUGCGCGGUGAACUCAAAAUGAAGAUGCGCUCACUUACGAGCUCGUUUUUUGGGUUCCAGUCAGGUUCUUUGAGGGACGUGAUAGGGCAUAACCGAGACCUGGUGGAAUCUUUGAAAAAUGGUUCAGCAUUUGCCUUCAAGGACUGGACAUCGAAGACAGGACUUUACAAAUCCGAGCUACUGCAAGACGGUAUCAACAUUAUGUGGUUUGCAAACCGAAACAACGAAGGUGUUGUCUAUCCCAAGUAUUUCGACCCCAUACCUGUUGAGGUUGUCGCACUCGUGCUUACAGGUAUCGAGUGUUGUAUUGAUGAGUGGUUGCAAGGCUUGAAGGAAAACAUUAAAUUCACUUCGGCUACUUACGCAUCUGUUUACCGAGGUCAUUUUGAGUUGUUGCAGCGCUUCCACGAGCGUACGGCUCCUUACAAACUCCUCGAAAGACUUCACGACAGUUUGCUUCACAGGGCUCGUUCACAUGCAGGUGUCGAAGCCCUCACUCUGCUGCCGGCUGUAUCCCGGAUUGGUGACAGGGCUUUUGAUGAUGCAAUUCACGAGUACCAACUUGAGGAGGAGGAGGAGGAGGAGGAGGGGUGCAGAGGGUAA